AUGUCAGGUAUGAAUGGCAGACAUCAUCUAGGGCAGUGUUUCUCAAACCUCUCCUGGAGUAACCCCAUCUAGUUCCACUUAUUUGAUCCAUUCUGGUAUUAGCACGCUUCAUUCAAUUGGUCUGGAGCAAGUUUUAAUAGCUUCUAUUCUCAUGGAAGACUCUGGGGACAUUUAAGAACCUUAACGUGUCAGUGUCUGCCUGUGAAUGAGUUUAACGUUUAAAAAACCUUAACGUGACUGCCUGUGAAUGAGUUUAACGUUUAAAAAACCUUAACGUGUCAGUGUCUGCCUGUGAAUGAGUUUAACAUUUAAAAACCUUAACGUGUCUGCCUGUGAAUGAGUUUAACGUUUAGAACCUUACGGGUUAGAAACCUUAGUGUCAGUGUCUGCCUGUGAAUGAGUUUAACGUUUAAAAACCUUAACGUGUCAGUUGUCUGCCUGUGAAUGGUUUAACGUUUAAAAACCUUAACGUGUCAGUGUCUGCCUGUGAAUGAGUUUAACGUUUUAAAAACCUUAACGUGUCAGUUUCUGCCUGUGAAUGAGUUUAACGUUUAAAAACCUUAACGUGUCAGUGUCUGCCUGUGAAUGAGUUUAACGUUUAAAAACCUUAACGUGUCAGUGUCUGCCUGUGAAUGAGUUUUAACGUUUAAAAACCUUAACGUGUCAGUGUCUGCCUGUGAAUGAGUUUUUAACGUUUUUAAAAACCUUAACGUGUCAGUGUCUGCCUGUGAAUGAGUUUUAACGUUUUUAAAAACCUUAACGUGUCAGUGUCUGCCUGUGAAUGAGUUUAACGUUUUAAAAACCUAACGUGUCAGUGUCUGCCUGUGAAUGAGUUUAACGUUUAAAAACCUUAACGUGUCAGUGUCUGCCUGUGAAUGAGUCAAGUCAGGACAUGUUGUUAAACAGUUAUGACUCUUCGUAGGGCUCUUAUAAAACAGUUAUGACCCUUCGUAGAGCUCUUUUAAAACAGUUAUAACCCUUCGUAGGGCUCUUUUAAAGGGCUGUCGCUGUGUGGAGCUGGACUGCUGGGACGGGUCAGACGGAGAGCCAGUCAUCUACCAUGGCUACACCCUCACCUCCAAGAUCCUCUUUAAAGACACCAUCAAAGCCAUCAAGGAGUACGCCUUUAAGGUAGGAAAGGAGUUCCAUGUCAACUUUGUAGAAUUGUGUGUCUGUCCUGUCAUGUUUAAUUCAUAUCAUGCUUGAUGACACAGAUUUCCUUUUUUGCAAUGGAUUAAUUACAGACGGUCAUCAUCCUCAUCGACAGAGACCCAAAAGGCUCGGCCUGGCCCUUUGUCAAAUACUUGAGCUGCACUUUUAUUUUGUUUACCCAGUACAAUGGAAUCAAAGGAAUACUCCCAAAAGUGUAAACAUGCGAAAUCAAGCGCCCUACUGUAUUUGACUGUCUCUGUCCUCAGACCUCCGACUACCCAGUGAUCCUGUCCUUGGAGAAUCACUGUAGUGUGGAGCAGCAGAGGGUCAUGGCCCAGCACAUGAGCUCCAUCCUGGGCAGCGCUCUGCUCAUCUCCCCCCUGGGGGCCCAGAUGCCCACACACUUCCCCUCCCCAGAGGUGAGUUGGCUAUAGUCUCUACUCUACUGUUUUAUAUAAGAGUCACUGUCUGCAUGUACAGUGGGGGAAAAAAAGUAUUUAGUCAGUCACCAAUUGUGCAAGUUCUCCCACUUAAAAAGAUGAGAGAGGCCUGUAAUUUUCAUCAUAGGUACACGUCAACUAUGACAGACAAAUCUAGAAUUUUUUUCUCCGGAAAAUCACAUUGUAGGAUUUUUAAUGAAUUUAUUUGCAAAUUAUGGUGGAAAAUAAGUAUUUGGUCACCUACAAACAAGCAAGAUUUCUGGCUCUCACAGACCUGUAACUUCUUCUUUAAGAGGCUCCUCUGUCCUCCACUCGUUACCUGUAUUAAUGGCACCUGUUUGAACUUGUUAUCAGUAUAAAAGACACCUGUCCACAACCUCAAAUAGUCACACUCCAAAACUCCACUAUGGCCAAGACCAAAGAGCUGUCAAAGGACACCAGAAAACAAAAUUGUAGACCUACACCAGGCUGGGAAGACUGAAUCUGCAAUAGGUAAGCAGCUUGGUUUGAAGAAAUCAACUGUGGGAGCAAUUAUUAGGAAAUGGAAGACAUACAAGACCACUGAUAAUCUCCCUCGAUCUGGGGCUCCACGCAAGAUCUCACCCCGUGGGGUCAAAAUGAUCACAAGAACGGUGAGCAAAAAUCCCAGAACCACACGGGGGGACCUAGUGAAUGACCUGCAGAGAGCUGGGACCAAAGUAACAAAGCCUACCAUCAGUAACACACUACGCCACCAGGGACUCAAAUCCUGCAGUGCAGACGUGUCCCCCUGCUUAAGCCAGUACAUGUCCAGGCCCGUCUGAAGUUUGCUAGAGUGCAUUUGGAUGAUCCAGAAGAGGAUUGGGAGAAUGUCAUAUGGUCAGAUGAAACCAAAAUAGAACAAAGAAUGCUGAGUUGCAUCCAAAGAACACCAUACCUACUGUGAAGCAUGGGGGUGGAAACAUCAUGCUUUGGGGCUGUUUUUCUGCAAAGGGACCAGGACGACUGAUCCAUGUAAAGGAAAGAAUGAAUGGGGCCAUGUAUCGUGAGAUUUUGAGUGAAAACCUCCUUCCAUCAGCAAGGGCAUUGAAGAUGAAACAUGGCUGGGUCUUUCAGCAUGACAAUGAUCCCAAACACACCGCCCGGGCAACGAAGGAGUGGCUUCGUAAGAAGCGUUUCAAGGUCCUGGAGUGGCCUAGCCAGUUUCCAGAUCUCAACCCCAUAGAAAAUCUUUGGAGGGAGUUGAAAGUCCGUGUUGCCCAGCGACAGCCCCAAAACAUCACUGCUCUAGAGGAGAUCUGCAUGGAGGAAUGGGCCAAAAUACCAGCAACAGUGUGUGAAAACCUUGUGAAGACUUACAGAAAAACGUUUGACCUGUGUCAUUGCCAACAAAGGGUAUAUAACAAAGUAUUGAGAAACUUUUGUUAUUGACCAAAUACUUAUUUUCCACCAUAAUAUGCAAAUAAAUUCAUUAAAAAUCCUACAAUGUGAUUUUCUGGAUUUUUUUUCCUCAUUUUGUCUGUCAUAGUUGACGUGUACCUAUGAUGAAAAUUACAGGCCUCUCUCAUCUUUUUAAGUGGGAGAACUUUCACAAUUGGUGGCUGACUAAAUACUAUUUUUCCCCACUGUAUGUUUGGCUACAUGUGUAUGAUAUGUGGAAUUCUCACUGUUCCCUCUUUUGACAACACGUGCUAGAUUUACUUCCCUCUGUUUUAUGAGCCUAGUGCUUCCUAGGACCAGGAGCAUUUCCUGUCCAGGAAUGUCUCUAGUCCCUAGUCAGGAAGAACUUUAAAAUAUACACUGAGUAUACAAAACAUCAUGAACACCUUCUCUUUCCAUGACAUAGACUGACCAGGUGAAUCCAGGUGAAAGCUAUGAUCCCUUAUUGAUGUCACUUGUUAAAUCCACUUCAAUCAGUGUAGAUGAAGGGGAGGAGACAGGUUAAAUAAGGAUUUUUAAGCCUUGAGACAUGGAUUGUGUGUGUGUGCCAUUCAGAGGGUGAAUGGGCAAGACAAAAUAUUUAAGUGCCUUUGAACGGGGUAUGGUAGUAGGUGCCAGGCGCACCGGUUUGUGUCAAGAACUGCAACACUGUUGGGUUUUUCUCACUCAACGUUUGUUUCAAGAAUGAUCCACCACCCAUUGGACAUCCAGCCAACUUGACACAACUGUGGGAAGCAUUGGAGUCAACAUGGGCCAGCAUCCUUGUGGAACGCUUUCGACACUAACAAAUUGAGGCUGUUCUGAGGACAAAAAGGGAGGGGUGCAACUCAAUAUUAGGAAGGUGUCCUAAUGUUUAGUAUACAGAACAUACGGGGGGGGUGCAACUCAAUAUUAGGAAGGUGUCCUAAUGUUUAGUAUACAGAACAUACAGGGGGGGGGGGGGUGCAACUCAAUAUUAGGAAGGUGUCCUAAUGUUUAGUAUACAGAACAUACAGGGGGGGGGGGGGGGGGAUGUCCUAAUGUUUAGUAAACUCAGUGUAUAUAUUUUUAUUGCAUCACAUUAUCAGAGGAUUUGUGAACUGACACAUUAAGAGAGACACAUUUGAAAGUAGGCCAACUACUACAUUUCUGCAUGUCACAUUCAUCAGGAGCUGAAGGGGAGGUUCCUGGUCAAAGGGAAGAGGUUAACUAAACUGGAGGCCUGCUUUGGCCCUGAGGCGACAGCCGUGGAUGAUGGUAGCUUCACUGAGGAGGAGGACGACGAAAAGGAGGAGGAGGAAGAGGAGAAGAAGGCCAAGGUAGGGGAAGAGGAGCCAAACCUACUAUGACACUCCAAUAGUAUCAUUGUGACGCCCCCCCCCCCCCCCCCCCCCCCCCCCCCCCCCCGUCUUCUAUACCAUUUAACUAUCUUGCAACAUACAGUAUAUGUUCUAUAUGUUCUAUAUGUUCUGUAUGUUCUAUAUGUUCUGUAUGUUCUAUGUUCUGUGUGUUCUAUGUUCUGUAUGUUCUGUAUGUUCUAUAUGUUCUAUAUGUUCUGUAUGUUCUAUGUUCUAUAUGUUCUAUAUGUUCUAUAUGUUCUGUAUGUUCUAUGUUCUGUGUGUUCUAUGUUCUGUAUGUUCUGUAUGUUCUAUAUGUUCUGUAUGUUCUAUAUGUUCUGUAUGUUCUAUAUGUUCUAUAUGUUCUAUGUUCUAUAUGUUCUGUAUGUUCUAUAUAAUAAUAAUAAUAAUAAUAUGCCAUUUAGCAGACGCUUUUAUCCAAAGCGACUUACAGUCAUGCCUGCAUACAUUUUUUUUUUUUUUUGUGUAUGUUCUGUGUUCUGUAUGUUCUGUAUGUUCUAUGUUCUAUAUGUUCUGUAUGUUCUAUAUGUUCUGUAUGUUCUAUGUUCUAUAUGUUCUGUAUGUUCUGUAUGUUCUAUGUUCUAUAUGUUCUGUAUGUUCUAUAUGUUCUGUAUGUUCUAUAUGUUCUGUAUGUUCUAUGUUCUGUGUGUUCUAUGUUCUGUAUGUUCUGUAUGUUCUAUAUGUUCUAUAUGUUCUGUAUGUUCUAUAUGUUCUAUAUGUUCUAUAUGUUCUAUAUGUUCUGUAUGUUCUAUGUUCUAUAUGUUCUGUAUGUUCUAUAUGUUCUGUAUGUUCUAUAUGUUCUAUGUUCUAUAUGUUCUGUAUGUUCUAUAUGUUCUGUAUGUUCUAUGUUCUAUAUGUUCUGUAUGUUCUAUAUGUUCUGUAUGUUCUAUGUUCUAUAUGUUCUGUAUGUUCUAUAUGUUCUGUAUGUUCUAUGUUCUAUAUGUUCUGUAUGUUCUAUAUGUUCUGUAUGUUCUAUAUGUUCUAUAUGUUCUAUAUGUUCUAUGUUCUAUAUGUUCUGUAUGUUCUAUAUGUUCUGUAUGUUCUAUAUGUUCUAUGUUCUAUAUGUUCUGUAUGUUCUAUAUAUUCUGUAUGUUCUAUAUGUUCUGUAUGUUCUAUAUAUUCUGUAUGUUCUAUAUAUUCUGUAUGUGCUGUAUGUUCAUUCUGUAUGUUUUAUAUGUUCUGUAUGUUCUAUAUAUUCUGUAUGUUCUAUAUGUUCUAUAUGUUUCUGCCUACCUGUUUUAAAUGGGUAAAAUCGCAUUUCUGUGGACAAUAAAUGCUUAUCUGCUGCACAGUACUGGAAUACCAUUCUGCCCAACCCACUGUACCGUAGAGCUGAAGUGUGUCUGAAGUGUGAGUGUCUGUAGGAAGGUGAAAAGCUGAAGCUGGCGAAGGAGCUGUCAGACAUGGUGAUCUACUGUAAGAGCGUCCAUUUCAACGGCUUCCAGGACGCUAAAGACAACCUGGGCUUCUACGAGAUGUCCUCCUUCAAGGAAAGGAAAGCUAUGACGCUGGCUGUGGAGUCUGGUGAGCAAGACCACAUGUUAACUGAAGCAGGGGUGUAGUGGGGGGUAAACAAACACCUAUCGCUACCUAAAGCUACCUAUCGCUACCUAAAGCUACCUUAAGCUACCUAUCGCUACCUAAAGCUACCUAUCGCUACCUAUCGCUACCUAAAGCUACCUAAAGCUACCUAUCGCUACCUAUCGCUACCUAAAGCUACCUAUCGCUACCUAAAGCUACCUAUCGCUACCUAUCGCUACCUAAAGCUACCUAUCGCUACCUAAAGCUACCUAAAGCUACCUAUCAUGGAAAAUGUUUAACAAAUAUAGGGAGUGUUAUUUUAUUCACCACGAACGGCGAUCAGUUUAUCCACCCUUUUUCUUACCACUACGUCACUGCUGUGAAGGUUUUUACCACUAUGUCACUGCUGUGAAGGUUUUUACCACUACGUCACUGCUGUGAAUGUUUUUACCACUACGUCACUGCUGUGAAAGUUCUUACCACUAUGUCACUGCUGUGAAGGUUUUUACCACUACGUCACUGCUGUGAAGGUUCUUACCACUAUGUCACUGCUGUGAAGGUUCUUACCACUACGUCACUGCUGUGAAGGUUCUUACCACUACGUCACUGCUGUGAAGGUCAUGAUUGUAGACUGUAUGGUAUCUGCAUCAGUUCUGUCUCUUUUUGUGGGUUUUAUUGAAACUUUAUUGAACUUGUGGACAAAGCUAGUACACAAAACUUAUUGUUAAUAGUUUCUCAUCACACUCCAGUAAGAAUAUGAGAAUGACGUUGUUCUGGAAUUUCUGUAUAGCUAAGUGACAUCUCUCUCUCUCUUUGUUCACUCUCUCUCUCUCUUUUUGUUCUCUCUCGCUUUUUGUUCUUGGUCUCAUUUUGUUCUCUUUCUCACUCUCUCUUUUUGUUCUCUCUCUCUUUGUCCUUUCUCUCUGUUUGUUCUCUCUCUCUCUGUUCUGUCUCUCUGUUUGUUCUCUCUCUCUUUGUUCUGUCUCUCUGUUUGCUCUCUCUCUCUCUCUCUCUCUGUUCUGUCUCUCUCUCUCUCUUUGUUCUCUCUCUUUGUCUUGCUCCAGCCAACAGCUACAUCCAUCACAACGUGGACAAGCUGAGUCGUAUCUAUCCAGCAGGCAGCAGAACAGACUCCUCAAACUAUCAACCCUGUACCCCUGUGGAACGCAGGCUGUCAGCUCGGUAAGACUUUCUAAAGGAAGAAGGGGCAAGGGCUAGACGGAAUGUUUUCAUAUGGUAAAUUGGGCUGUGGUAUAAUUCUCCUCAUUGACGUUGGCCACUUGUACAUUUUUUUUUUUUUUUUUUUUUUUUUUGUCAUUUAGCAGACGCUCUAUCUCCAGACCGCGACUUACAGGAGCAAUUAGGGUUAAGUGCCCUUGCCUCAAGGGCACAUCGACAGAUUUUUCACCUAGUCGGCCUCGGGGAUUAGAACCAGCGGACCUUUCGGUUACUGGCACAACGCUCUUACCCACUAAGGCUACCUGCCGCCCCUUGGGCGGCAGGUAGCCUAGCGGUUAAGAGCGUUGGGCCAGUAACUGAAAGGUUGCUGGUUUGAAUCGCCGAUGCAGACUCGCUGAAAAAUCUGCCGAUGUGCCCUUGAGCAAGGCAUCCUGGAUAACAGCAUCUGCCAAAUGACUGAAAUGUAAAUGUACACUCCCCCUCAUGGAUUUAAAAGGAAUGGACUGGAGUGAGGAAUCCAUGAGGAGUGAGCAUUCUAGAAGGGUAAGGAUUCUCCCCACAACCGUUAUCUCCUCUCCUCCCGUCAGUGACCCUGAACUUCCAGACGUCCUGUAAUCACAUGGAUGUGAACCAGGGUCGGUUCCUGACCAAUGGAAAGACAGGAUACAUCCUGAAGCCGGCCUACAUGAGGGACCGGGGGUCAGAGUUUGACCCCAUCACUCUGAGCAGGGGAUCGUGGCAGCAGCACAAGACGCUCCACCUCAUGGUCAGACUCAUUCAUUCUCUGGCUUGUUGGUUAUACAGUUGAAGUCGGAAGUUUACAUACACAUAGGUUGGAGUCAUUAAAACUCGUUUUUCAACCACUCCACACAUUUCUUGUUAACAAACUAUAGUUUUGGCAAGUCGGUGCAUGACACAAGUACAUUUUUCCAACAAUUGUUUACAGACAGAUUAUUUCACUUAUAAUUCACUGUAUCACAAUUCCAGUGGGUCAGAAGUUUACAUACACUAAGUUGACUGUGCCUUUAAACAGCUUGGAAAAUUCCAGAAAAUGAUGUCAUGGCUUUAGAAGCUUCUGAUAGGCUAAUUGACAUCAUUUGAGUAAAUUGGAGGUGUACCUGUGGAUAUAUUUCAAGGCCUACCUUCAAACUCAGUGCCUCUUUGCUUGACAUCAUGGGACAAUCUAAAGAAAUCAGCCAAGACCUCAGAAAAACAAUUAUAGACCUCCACAAGUCUGGUUCAUCCUUGGGAGCAAUUUCCAAAUGCCUGAAGGUACCACAUUCAUCUGUACAAACAAUAGUACGCAAGUAUAAACACCAUGGGACCACGCAGCCAUCAUACCGCUCAGGAAGGAGACGCAUUCUGUCUCCUAGAGAUGAAUGUACUUUGGGGUGAAAAGUGCAAAUCAAUCCCAGAACAACAACAAAGGACCUUGUGAAGAUGCUGGAGGAAACAGGUACAAAAGUAUCUAUAUCCACAGUAAAACGAGUCCUAUAUUGACAUAACCUGAAAGGCCGCUCAGCAAGGAUGAAGCCACUGCUCCAAAACCGCCAUAAAAAAGCCAGACUACGGUUUGCAACUGCACAUGGGGACAAAGAUCGUACUUUUUGGAGAAAUGUCCUCUGAUCUGAUUAAACAAAAAUAUAACUGUUUGGCCAUAAUGACCAUCGUUAUGUUUGGAGGAAAAGGGGGACGCUUGCAAGCCGAAGAACACCAUCCCAACGUGAAGCACGGGGGUGGCAGCAUCAUGCUGUGGGGGUGCUUUGCUGCAGGAGGGACUGGUGCACUUCACAAAAUAGAUGGCAUCAUGAGGAAGGAAAAUGAUGUGGAUAUAUUGAAGCAACAUCUCAAGACCUCAGUCAGGAAGUUAAAGCUUGGUCGCAAAUGGGUCUUCCAAAUGGACAAUGACCCCAAGCAUACUUCCAAAGUUGUGGCAAAAUGGCUUAAGGACAACAGUCAAGGUAUUGGAGUGGCCAUCGCAAAGCCCUGACCUCAAUCCUAUAGAAAAUGUGUAGGCAGAACUGAAAAAGCGUGUGCGAGCAAGGAGGCCUACAAACCUGACUCAGUUACACCAGCUCUGUCAGGAGGAAUGGGCCAAAAUUCACCCAACUUAUUAUGGGAAGCUUGUGGAAGGCUACCUGAAACGUUUGACCCAAGUUAAACAAUUUAAAGGCAAUGCUACCAAAUACUAAUUGAGUGUAUGUAAACUUCUGACCCACUGGGAAUGUGAUGAAAGAAAUAAAAGCUGAAAUAAAUAAUUCUCUCUACAAUUAUUCUGAUAUUUCACAUUCUUAAAAUAAAGUGGUGAUCCUAACUGACCGAAGAGAGGGAAUUUUUACUAGGAUUAAACGUCAGGAAUUGUGAAAAACUGAGUUUAAAUGUAUGUAAACUUCCGACUUCAACUGUAGCUUGUUUUCCCUUUGUUAUUCCCAGAUCAUCUCAGCCCAGCAGCUUCCGAAAGUCAACCAGAAGAAGACAUCCAUCGUGGACGCGCUGGUCAGAGUGGAGAUACAUGGGGUGCCGGCUGACACGGCAGAGAAAGAGACGCCAUACAUCGAGAACAAUGGUACGAGAAUUCACACACCCAAGUGCUUGGCAGUGACACUGUUCUGACCUUCUGAAUUCAACAAAGCUCUUAACUAGCAGAUGUACAGUAUACGACAAUGUGUAACCUAUUGCUUUCUUGCCUUUGGACUACCCAGGUUUUAACCCGAUGUGGAAUGAAAACUUUAAGUUUGACGUGCACGUGCCAGAGCUGGCCCUGGUCCGCUUUGUGGUCGAGGACUACGACUCUUUUACUGAUAAUGACUUCGUCGGACAGUUCACCCUGCCGUUCACCAGUUUACAGAUGGGUAAGUUAGCAGUCAUACCCUGCCAUUCAAUCGUUUACAGAUUAGUUAGUAGCCAUACCCUGCCAUUCACUAGUUUAUAGAUUAGUUAGUAGUCAUACCCUGCCAUUCACUAGUUUAUAGAUUAGUUAGUAGUCAUACCCUGCCAUUCACUAGUUUAUAGAUUAGUUAGUAGUCAUACCCUGCCAUUCACUAGUUUAUAGAUUAGUUAGUAGUCAUACCCUGCCAUUCACUAGUUUAUAGAUUAGUUAGUAGUCAUACCCUGCCAUUCACUAGUUAUAGAUUAGUUAGUACUCAUACCCUGCCAUUCAAUAGUUUACAGAUUAGUUAGUACUCAUACCCUGCCAUUCACUAGUUUAUAGAUUAGUUAGUAGUCAUACCCUGCCAUUCACUAGUUUAUAGAUUAGUUAGUACUCAUACCCUGCCAUUCAAUAGUUUACAGAUUAGUUAGUACUCAUACCCUGCCAUUCACUAGUUUAUAGAUUAGUUAGUAGUCAUACCCUGCCAUUCACUAGUUUAUAGAUUAGUUAGUACUCAUACCCUGCCAUUCAAUAGUUUACAGAUUAGUUAGUACUCAUACCCUGCCAUUCACUAGUUUAUAGAUUAGUUAGUAGUCAUACCCUGCCAUUCACUAGUUUAUAGAUUAGUUAGUAGUCAUACCCUGCCAUUCACUAGUUUAUAGAUUAGUUAGUACUCAUACCCUGCCAUUCAAUAGUUUACAGAUUAGUUAGUACUCAUACCCUGCCAUUCACUAGUUUAUAGAUUAGUUAGUACUCAUACCCUGCUAUUCACUAGUUUAUAGAUUAGUUAGUAGUCAUACCCUUUGCCAGAUGAUAUGGGUGAGUUGGUAAUCACUCCUAACAGUUCCUUCUGUUUUUUAAUACACUGGCAAGAGUCAUCGUUCAAAAGUCCAAACUCAACCAUUAGUUCUUUGUUUUGAUGAAAACGAUUCUCAAUCAACCAAGACUGAAAGCCCAUGCUAUGCUUUUCCUGUCAGUGUGACUAGAUGACAGGGAAGUAUUGUCUCCUCUCUGACACAGAGAACAGUCUCUGUCAUAAUGGCAGUACACAAUUAAAGCUUUGUUCCUCUCUUUCUCUCUCUCUCUCUAACUAUACACACUGACUGUUGAUUGACUGAGACUCUUCUCUCUGUUUAGGUUACAGACACGUGCCUCUACUCAACAAAGAAGGAGACCCCCUUCCCUCAUCAAAUCUGUUCGUACACAUCAUGAUCAUGGAUGCCUAACACACUCCCUGUAUGAAUGUGCCAUAAUGACCACUGUGACUAUCGCCCAGUCCCAAACAGACCUUCAGCCCCUAUACCACUACACCCUAGGGCACUAGUGUGGAUUUGAAAUGAUUGGAUAGCUGUAAAUGCCCUAGGGAGGAGGGGCUAGGGGUUGGUUUGGGAU